CAAGCCCAAGACCUACACAUUCAUGUGGAGAUUUAGGAGUGUAAAUAGGAGGGAGAACCAGAGGGAAGACAGCACAUAUCCAAUUGGCUCUUUACUGAAACCUCCGCUCAACAGAACUACUACUGCCACAGCCAUGGCACCAACAAUGACUAGACAGAUUACCUACUCUGAGCAGAACCUCUCACUUACUAAGGUAAAGAAGCCCGCUGUGGAGAAGAUGCGCAGAGAUCGCAUCAACACCAGCAUCGAGCAGCUCAAGACCCUCCUGGAACCCGAGUUCCUCCUGCAGCAGCCUGACUCCAAGCAGGAGAAGGCUGACAUCUUGGAGAUGACCGUCUAUUUCCUGAGCCGACAGCAGCAAGCAGGGAGUUCCUCCACCGUGGCAGCCAAUGGGGGCUACUCUCACUGUGUGCAGGAGGCUGUCAGCAGGCUGCUGAGCCACUUCCACAGCCUGCAGACAUCCAGCCAACACAGCCAGGCUCCAAGGUCCCUCUCCCCACUGGGCUCCCCAAUAGACCAGGCCACCACCAAGGGUGUGAUCUCCCAUCCACUCUGGAGGCCCUGGUAG